CUUACAUCCAACUAGUUCAAAAAUAUUUGGAGUGCCGAGGUGAAGACAGGUUCACUCACAUAUUUUGAAUAUCCAGUAUUUUUGAGAAACGUCAGAUUGUUUUGUAGUUUUGUUAAUUAUUGAUACACAUUUCUACAAUUAUUAGCUGUCGGGAGGAAACUGGCGAACAACAUCUUCUUUGUAGUUCUUAACUGGAGUUACAUCACUCUCAAAUUUCUACUUCUAUGUCUUAUUUAUAAGGUUGCUUCUGUCAGAUUUAAAUGUCAAUAACCGUUCAAAAUAUGGCUGACGUCGAGAGGGUGAUCCGCCACCCUUCUCGCGGCGGCGACACAAUGAAAACGGUGAAUGGGGGUCCUCGAGUGGUCACCAUCAAUAAGACCGAAACGGGCUUCGGGUUCAACGUGCGCGGCCAAGUGAGUGAGGGCGGACAACUUCGCAGUAUCAACGGAGAGCUAUACGCCCCCUUGCAGCACGUCAGCGCUGUUUUGGACCGUGGGGCCGCUGAACAAGCGGGGAUUCGCAAAGGGGACCGCAUUCUAGAAGUGAAUGGGGUAAAUGUUGAGGGAGCUACCCACAAGCAAGUAGUUGAUUUGAUCAAGUCUGGUGGAGAUGUUCUCACACUCACUGUUAUCUCAGUCACACAACAGGAAGCAGAGCGUCUAGAACCAUCUGAUGAUAAUCAAGUUUAUUAUGACUACAGUGAAAAACGUUCUUUGCCCAUUAGUAUUCCUGACUACCACCACAAUGAAAGAGGUGGUGAGCGAUAUGUGUCUUUCAACAUCUAUAUGGCAGGAAGGCAUCUUUGUUCCAGAAGGUACAGAGAAUUUGCAAAACUGCAUCAAGACCUAAAAAAAGAGUUUAUGGGAUUCACAUUUCCAAAAUUACCAGGCAAGUGGCCAUUUACAAUGAGUGAGCAACAAUUGGAUGCAAGGCGUAGAGGCUUAGAGCAGUAUUUGGAAAGAGUGUGUGCAGUUAGGGUCAUAGCUGAGUCUGACAUUAUGCAGGAGUUUCUUACUGAUCAGGAUGAUGAGAAUAACACAAGUCCUGUUGAUCUAAAAGUAUUACUGCCUGAUAGAGAAGUAGUGACAGUGACAGUUAAAAAGAGUGCAAAUGCUGAUGAUGUGUAUGAUGCUGUAGUAAGGAAAAUUGAUAUGAAGAAAAAUAUUGCAAAAUACUUUUAUCUGUUUGAAAUUGUUGAAUAUAAUUUUGAAAGGAAGUUACAACCAAAUGAGUAUCCCCACAAUUUAUAUAUACAGAAUUAUAGCACAGCCACAAGUACAUGCCUAACAAUAAGAAAAUGGUUAUUUUCUAUUGAAAAUGAAUUGCAGCUGAUGUCAGAUCCACAGGCUACUUCCUACAUAUUUUGGCAGGCCGUAGACGAAGUGAACCGCGGUACGAUCCAAGCCGGUUCCCGCCUAUACCAAUUGAAAGCUCUGCAAGCCGCAUCGCGUGCCGGCGAGUACCUGCAAUUAGCACGAGAGUUGGCCGGCUACGGCGAGAUGGUGUUCCCGGGCUGCGCGUGCGAAUCAAGGACGGAAGGGGGCGUGGCUAACGGUAGUGGAGGGGAGCCGGAUAGCAGAAGACACGCCUCCGUGGCGGUGGGAGGGGCUGCGGUCAGACUGAGGGCGUGCGCCGAAGAGGAAGAGGGCGGGGCCAUAGGGACGGUGGAACAACAGGCCAGGGCGCCGGCGAUGCGAGUUGAUUGGCAGAAUGUGGAGAGAUGGGAGGUAGAUGAAGAAGGUAUGGCAUUUUGCUUCAAAUACAAUAGGCCUGAGAAACCUCCAAAAUGGUUGAAGAUAUAUACCCCUUAUUUCCUCUACCUUAAUGACUGCUUUGAGAGGGUAGCAGAAGAGAAAAAAUGGCUAGAAGCUGGUGACUGACUUGCGCGUAAAUAAGGUGACUUAGGUGAAAAAAAAAAAAACUUUCAAGUUCUCGUCAAACAUGUAUUUGAAUUAAGACGGUAGUGGUAUAUCCUCCGUUAUCCUACUGAAAAUCUUGUGAUUUUUCACGUUACUCUCUAUUAUAUACUUAUUUUUUACUAGUGCUGAUUUAUUGGCUUUAAUUCUCUUUUUUCAUUUAAUGUGCCUUUAAAAGGUAUUGAGAUUUUUAUAUUUAUUCUAGUUACAUAUACACAUAUUUUCAAUUUAUAGAUAAUUCAUGCGUAUGUUAAAUAUAUAUAUAGGAAUAACACCAACUUAGGUAAAUAUAAAGAAAUAGUAGUUUUUUUGAGUGAAAAUUAUGGAACAGCGUGAAAUAAAAUAAUUUAUCAUAUUGAUAUAAGAAAUAAAAAUAUUUACUGAUAAUGUUACUAGUAUACAAUUUUUUAUAUAUUCUGUUUACUUGUUUCAUAAACGAUAACUCUAGUUAUUGUUUCAUAAUUUUCAUUCGUUUUGUAUAUACUCCAAAAAGCACAUUUAUGAUGAAUUUUUGAAAAAUGAGAAAUUGUUACUAUUCCUUUAAAUUAAGGCGCACGUUAGAAGAGAAACGAUUCGUUUCGCGCAAAAAUAUCUAUCAACAAUGUUCGACAUUGAAGUUAAAAAGAAACAGUCGAAUGUCAAGCAUUGUCGAGUGACAUCUUCGUGCGAUACGAAUCUCUUCUCUUCUCUUCAGGGUGCUUAUACCUUUAGUGUACCCAAAAAUAGUCAAUCCUGUUCUCUUAAAAUUAAUUUCAUAUGGUCAAGUAGGGAACAACAGUAUAACAAAGAAAACCAUUUUUUCUAUUGUCUUAUUUUUUAACAUAAAAUUAGCGGUCUUUAACCUUCAUAUUAGGUUUGAAAUAAUCACAACGACAAAUUUGUUAUAGUGUGUUUCAAGGGUGGGGUAGUUUAACAGUCAUAGGGGUACAAUAUAACAAGAUCUUUUCUAGAUUCAAUGUUAUCAAGACCGUAACUCAUUUUCGAGUACGUGGUCAUAUAUUAUUUUAAUCUUGAAGCUUCCUCGGCCUAAUAUGGCCUUUUUAAUAUCCACGCCACUGGGUGAGGUAUUGUAAUCACGAAAACAUUUUAAAAUGAGAUAUUGUUUUUUGGAUGUUAUAUGACAUGUACAUCACGUAAAACUGAAUUACUCAUUUCCGUCGGUAUGGUUUGUCUGUGUACCUAUUAACCAUAUUUCACACAUCAUAGAUUUCCCGCUUACAUUUGCCUUUAAAACAAAAUGGUAGAGGAAUGUUUUCGAUCCGCAUAUUCCUCCUAUCUAAGCUCACCGUCCGCAAAAAACAUACACGGACCAUGCACGAACGAACGAUAACUCGCUGCAGCGAUGCCGUCCUGGGCGGAUCUGGAAAGGAAACGUUUCCAGACGGACAGUAACUACCGGUAGGGCAAGGAAAGAAUGCCUAUGGACUAAUUGUAUGGACCUGUUUGACUGUCUUAAUUCGCUUACUUUCUCUGUUGUACAUGUUCGUAACUAAUUCCUCUUCAGAUGAUUCAAAUUGCACUGAACUUGAUCCUUUAUGAACUGAUGACGGCGUUGAUAGGAAGUGCAGAAUCAACCUACGUAACGUAUUUUUUUUCUUAACGUAACGAUACUACUUGAUUCACGUUAAUAUUCUCGGAUGAUUUUCUCAUAGGUACUCCCUUUUCAGCCAACUCUAAUGCUUCUUUCAUAAAAUCAUUAGCAUCGUGUAGAUCAAUUUGAUCUUCUGAUUCCGAACCAUUUUCGAUGUACUACACCUGAAAAAAAAAUCAAAGACGUUGAUGAUGAUUUUACACUAUAUCCAGUUACUCUACCCCACACUCUAUUCAAAACAAACAAUCGUUAAAAUUGAAAGAAUUACAAAAACUUUGUUUACUAUUUAAACACCAACUAUUUGAGGAUUAAAGGGAACUUAUAUUUACUUACCAGAAAUUAUUAGUUUUCCAACAAGAACAAAACUUCAUUAGUAAAAAUUUUCACGUUUGUUUUACAAAAAACGUAAAUUAGAGCAUUCUUCGAUUUGCCUAGCAAUUCGAUACUUGACCCUAUACAUGUUAAAAUGGGUCAGUAAUAUUGUCUUGCUGUGUUUUCUGACCAGCUUUCUGUUCCUAAUUUUUAUCAUUUUUCAGUUUCCACUAGCAAUCGACGUUUCUUUUUGGUAUAUAUAUAUAUACUUAUCCGCCAUGAAAGUUUACGAAUUUUAUUUGAAAUAUGAGGAUGAGGUGACAUAUACCUGUUUCAAAAAUUCGUCAUCUUUGAUUCGAACAAAAAUGUCCAUUGAAAUGUUAUAGCAAUACGAAAAUAAAAACUAGUAUAUGUCUGUUUCCACCAUGACAUAGUCAUUACUAUGAAAAUAGUGAGAAAUAAUUGAUGCUUUGUUCUUUUCGUAGAUAGAAGAAAUCGAAAUUUUUCGUAAACUAAUUGCAAUGAAUCUCGUUCAUAAAUUGUUUUCUAGUAUUAUUUGUUAAUAUAUGAAACUAUCCACUACUCGCAUCGUUUGUAAUGCAUUAUUUCUUGAACGUCAAAGUUGUCAUGAACACGCUUUCUUCGUUGUCAAAAUAGGAACGCUAUCAGAUGUAUUCUGCGUGAAGAAGCUAACUCGAUACAAAAUUCCCUUGUCCAAAAAAAUAUGUGAGAUGAAAUGAGAUAUCGUAGCAUCAUCUAUGAGAAUUUGUCAUAGCUAUGUUUCUCCUCUCAGCACUUAUAACAAUUUUCUUUCAAAACGAUAGUGUCUCAUAGAUGGCGUAGUAGCCUUCAACUGUGUUCAACCAAACAUAUAUGUAGCUCUGAUGGAAAGAAACACCGAGGACGGCGGCGACGUUCUGAAUACACUCGCGAAGUAUCAAUAGGAUCUUGAAGAUGCUCAUCAUAUCAAACCGAUAACUACGUUAUUGUUAUAGGAAUGUGCCAAUUUCGGUUUUUCAAAUGCGGUCUGUUUAUAAACUAGGUUAACCUAGACAUCACACGACCCCUGAUUUGUAUACUAACUCAUAUUUAUUUAGUAUAGCCACAGAUUAUUCAGAUGCGACACCUGCUGUCGGUCCCUUUGCUCUUCGUGUCCCCAACUGCUUACCACAUUUUCCGCUUAUGUUCACUAGUGCCCGGAGGAUUUUUUCCUAGGGGUUGUUACACGUUAUUCAAGAUGUCACGAAUGUCAUAUGUCAAACAACAUAAUCAAGAAAUUUAUUUGUGUUCGUUUACCUACAUGCAUUUUGGGAAGAUAAUUAUUAUUAUUUCUUGAAUAUCUAUUUAUAUACGAGUAUAUAGUAUUGAUAAAACUCAAUGUUUUUGAUAACCCCUGAAUCCUAAAUGUCACAGCAACACGAAUCCCACCAAACGCAUAGGACUCAGUUGGCUUUGAUAGAACCUGAUUUUUGACAGAGUGUCGCCUCUGUAUGAUACUCUGUGGUAUAGCAUCAUACGUUUUGACAUAGGAGGGGAUUAUGGGAAGGUAGAGAAGCAGGGUCAUAUUGGCUCACUUAUUGCGUUUUAGAACCUAAUAUCUCGGUUAUCUUGAAGUUUUGCUAUAUAUGUGUGAAAAAACAUGCUUAUUAAUCCCUUACCUAUAUGCUGUGUAAAGGAAAGUCCCAACUUUGAGGACACCCUGUAUACUAUGUGCUAUGUAUAGUUGGCUGCUGCACCACCUAUGAGACAUUACCUUUUCAAAUGAGAUUUAUUAGCGCGGAGAGGAAAAAUAUAGCUUUGACAAAUACUCAUAGAUGACACUAUGGUGUCUUAUAUCAUGGAUUACAUUUUGGACGUGGGAAUAGAGAAUCAGUAUAGUAAAGUACAGUAACUGCCAACUGACCCGUUUCAUACGUGAGAUUGAUUGAUUCAGAAACGCGUUUCUUUCAAAUCGAAAAUGCCGCCCCAGAUUAACCGCGCUUAAGUCUGUUUUCGUGAUGACUUUGAUAUUUGUUUAAGCAAUAGUAACUAAUUCACUAUGUUUACCUGGAACAUUUUUACCAACAUUUUGAAGUUGUAACAGACUAUUUGUAUAAUUUAUCCCAGAGGGUAAAAUUCCUAACGCGAAAAUGGUAAGAAUCUAAAAAUCAUUUUACGAUAAAUGUAUCGCAAGACAGUAGCUUCUGUUUGAGAUAUUUUAAAUUUGCAGUAAAUUGCUUUCAGUCAGAAAUGUCAAUUCAUGUUGUGUUGUCUCUGCGAUAUCAUCUAGACAUCUUUUAUAGUGACUAAAGUAGUUUAAGCAUAUAUCAAAUAUAUACGUCCUGUUAUUAGGUUCAAAAAGAAUUAUUUGUGAAGUUGAAAAUAUCUGAAAUUUGUGCUUAACUAUGUUAUAGCUUUUGUUUUGGAUACCUGACAACUUUUAAACUCUCGGCAUGAACCAUACAAAUUAGGAAAAUUUCUGAAGUAGUGGCAUUUAUCAUUUGAUUGAACUUUUACAUAAGAUGGAUCGAUUUUUUAUCGUAGAAGUAAUAUUUAUCAUUAUUUUUCUACAAAGUUUCCGGUGGGUUUGGGUUGACAGUGUCCUUGUUUUAUAUUGAAAUUAUGAUUAGAGUUACUAUUAAGAGAUUUCUAUGUAUAUUUGCGUUGUUGGAUUUUAUUCUUGAAAAAAAAUAGAUAAACGUUUGGCUGUUAUGCAUGAAAUUAAAAAAUAAAUUUUG